AUGGAUAGAAUCUUAUGUCUCGAUCGCCUGAGCGCCGUGGAGGGCGACAGUUUCUCCAAUGUUCACGCUCCCUGGACUCCAGCGUGGGGUCGUGGUCUCUAUGGAGGUGUGCUCAUCGCUCAAAGCCUAGUAGCAGCACAGUCGACUGUGCAUCCGGACUUCGACGCCCACAGCCUCCAUAGCCAUUUCGUGCGGCCAGCAAGCCCAGUUGAACCGAUUACGUACCACGUCCGCCGCGUCCGAGAUGGCCACAACUACGUGACAAGAACCGUCGAGGCCGUACAGAGUGUAGGUUGCUUAUUUACUGCAACCAUCAGCUUCAUGAGACAGCUCAAAAGCAACAAAUCAGUAAUUGAGCACGCCAACUACAGACCGGCAGAUCUGCAGGCACCACCUGUUGUAUUGAGGGAUGAAAGCAAGCUUUCUGCAUCCACGGAGCAAGGUAUCCACCGUCCUUGCGAUGUUAUACGCUGUGGUAUUGAGAAGGGUUGUCCUCGGUCGGAUGUGAAGUUGUCUCACUGGAUACGAGCGCGAGGGUUGUCGCACCCAAGUCCCGAGUUUCCCAGUUCGACAUCUCGGAAGCCAGGCCGGUGGCCGUCACCUACUGGUCAUGGGGCUCAUCUUGCGGCCGUAGCAUACAUGAGUGAUAACUAUUUCAUCGGCACGGUAUCUCGUGUCCACAGACUUCCACGAUUUACAAACGAUGACAUUAUCCAUGGUAUCUUAUCCCGGUUCCGAGGCUCUCGAGAGGAAUCGCAAGAGUGUCAGCAAUAUCUCACAAGUUUGGCUCUGGAAGAGGCCACUGAGAACGGAGAAGUAGGAGUGCACAGCAAGGUGGUCAGAAUGAUGGCGACACUCAACCACACGAUAUUCUUCCAUAAUCCUCGGAUGUUCAGUGCUGGCGAGUGGAUGAUGGCGGAAAUGGAGACUCCAUGGGCAGGGAACGAGCGAGGACUUGUUGUACAACGGAUUUGGAGCUCGGGUGGUGUUUUAAUCGCUACAUGUUUCCAAGAAGGAGUGGUUCGCCUUGGCCAGCCUUCAAGAACGACUCGCCUCUGA